GACGGCCCGCUGACCACCACGACACGUCCGGUUAGAGGGCUGUAAAACUGCGGGAGCCUGGCUUUCUAAAUGAUGCUCGCUUUGAAAUGUCACCUACUCAUGACAUUUGAGAGAUUUGAGGCGGGUAGGUCGACCAAUGGAUGGUAACAUCUUUCUGGCCUAUAUAUGGAGAGGGCGGGCAGGACCAAUAACAUUUUCUGUUGUUUUUAGGGUUCGUCUAAUUAACUCGGGGAAGUAGCUGGUGCUCUAAUGUUGUGAUUGUAAGCCAAGCUGGUCAGAAUCUCUACAUCUAGCUGUUGGACGAGUCAAAGUUUAAAAAGCACGAUGCAGGCGCUCGAGAAACUUCUGGUUGUCAUGGUGACACUACUUGUAUCCGUAUCAUCCACCCACGUCAGAACCUCACCCGUUACCAUGGCCACGACAAACGGUGACGUCAUUGGCAUCAGAAAAGUUAUCUGCGAGCAGACCGUGGACGUGUUCUACGGGAUUCCCUUUGCCAAACCGCCGCUAGGGGAGCUGCGGUUCAAGGCGCCUGUAGCGUCGGACCAGUGGGAAUGUCCUAGAAACUGCUCGGUCAAGCCCAACUCCUGCUGGCAGAUGGUGGACGAGGUGUUCGGCAACUUCUCCGGGGCGGACAUGUGGAACCCCAACACCCCCAUGAGCGAGGACUGCCUGUACCUGAACGUCUGGAGACCGGCGUGUACGGCCAACUGCGACAGCUCCAAGAAGAAGCCCAUCAUGGUGUGGAUCUUCGGCGGCUCCUUCACGACCGGCACCACGACUCUAGACGUGUAUGAUGGCACGGAGCUGGCGAUAAAAAAUGACGUGGUCGUUGUGUCGAUCGCGUACAGGCUGGGACCCCUGGGGUUUAUCUACCUGGGCACGGAGGACGCCCCUGGGAACGUGGGACUGCUGGAUCAGGUCAUGGCCUUGAACUGGGUCAAGGACAAUGCUGAGAAUCUGGGCGGCAGUGCCGACGCCAUUACGAUCUUCGGAGAAAGUGCCGGCGCCGUUAGUGUCGGCUUUCACUUGUUGUCUCCCCUCUCACGUGACCUCUUCAAGUACGCCAUCAUGGAGAGUGCCUCGCCCCUGGCCGACUGGGGCACGAUAGACACCAGCCGGGCUGUCGACAGGGCCAACCAGCUGGCCGACAUCGUCAACUGCCCGAACAACACCCCAGAGGCCAGGAUCACGUGUCUUAGACAAGCCAAUCCCGCAGACUUAACCAACAACCAGUACCUUAACAACAGCAUCGUCGAUUUCUUCGAUUUACCUUUCCCGCCAGUUGUCGAUAAACACUUUUUACCCGACACGCCGGAAAACCUGAUCAGUCGGGGCGAGAUAAAAAAUACCAGCGUCCUGGUGGGCGUCAACAAAAAUGAAGGACUUUAUUUCGUCGUGUAUGCUUUCCUCAGUUACUUCCCUCUCAACGGCACUGGCAGCCUGAGCGAGAGUCAGUACGAUGAGGUCAUCAGCUACAUCUUCACCCCAAACGUCAGCUCGUCAGCCGCGUUCAGCCAGCUGUAUCCGGUCAGCUCAGCCGAGGACCGCAUCAAGGUCAUUGACAGCGCCACUGGGGACAAGUUAUUCAAGUGUCCCGUCGUGGAUUUCGCCGAGGCCUACGCCGGAUUGGGCGGCCGUGUCUACAUGUACAGCUUCGAGCACCGGAUCAGCACCAACGCCUGGCCGGAGUGGCUCGGGGUGGCCCACGGCUACGAGAUCGAGGUCGUGUUCGGGCUGCCCCUGGCCCUCAACUCGAGCUACACCAACGACGAGAAGAACCUCAGCCUCAACGUCAUGGGACUCCUGACCAACUUUGCCAGAACGGGAAAUCCAAAUAAAGCCGAAGAGACAAUCUGGCCAGAGUACAACACAGAGACAGAAUCUUACGUCAUCAUUAACAAAGAUGGCGUCAAUGUGGACUACAAACUUCGACGUCAACAAUGCGAUUUUCUGAAAACUCUUGGCUAGUUGCUUCCCUUGGAGAUAUGCGGCUGGGAGUUAUUCAACAAAAACUUUUUGAUGUGCCUUCAGCGAAUGUACAGAAUUACAGAAAGCCAUUUCAAACUGACAUACCAGAACUACAGAAAGCCUUUACAAACUGACAUACCAGAACUACAGAAAGCCUUCACAAACUGACAUACCAGAACUACAGAGAACCAAACUUAAAAAUGACCAUAUAGGAGAUGUAGAAAUAAAUAAACAGAUUUUGGAAAA